UUUCUCUUUUUUUUUUCUUCUUUAAUUAACGGCCAUAAUGAGGUUUACAUAUCUAAAAUGGCCAAUUAUACAAUUUUUCUUUUUAUUGUUAACUAUGAGUAUGUCUCAAGGGCAACGUGCAAAUGAUCCUUUAUUAGUCUCAGCAAUUGCUAUAGAAACAGGCACAUUACCUAUUACUACAACAUUACAACAACCAACAACAACAGCUGCUAUUGAAACAAGUAAGCAGCCUAUUACAACGUCAAAUCCACCACUAUCAACAGCUAGUAAGCCACCUAUUGUAACAUCAAAUCCAGCACUACCAACAACAAUUGGUAUUGCAUUAAUUGGUGGUGUAAUAGCCUGUAUUAGCCGUCGUGGAGGAUGCACCAAACGUAGUGAUAAAAAAAAGUCUGAUUUUGAAGAUUAUGGAUUAGGUGAUUUUCCUCACAAUAAGUCUACUAUGGCUUCUGCUGCUGCUGCUGCUACUUCUGCCGCUACUGCUGCUACAUCGACUACAGCAGCACCUACUAUACCUAGAUUGAAUGAACAUGGUAACUAUUACCAAAAUACUGCACCGACUGAUGAUUAUUAUUAUCAGGGUAAUGGAAAUUAUAUGGAUAAUGGAUAUAGCAUGCAGCAACCUCAUCAAUAUUAUUAUAACCAGCCUUAUCAUCAAGAUUAUUAUGAUGAUAGCUAUUAUUAUGAUAAUGCAUCAGGAAUGGGUUAUUCCGCACAAAUGCAACCUCAAAGUAGUAGUCCUAUUAUGCAGCACACUACUAAUAUGCCUAUGGCAACUCCUCUCCCUCCUCCUCAUCAGCAACAAAAUAUUUAUAAACCUGAUGAUAUAUCGUAUAAAAGAUAAAAUAUGAUUUUCGCUAUAUAAUAGCUUCUAUAAUACUUAAUAUCCUACUUUAUUAUUAAAAAAAUAUAUAGCUGUAUACAUAUAUAUAUAUACAAAUAUAUAUA